GUCGAUCAUCGCUCGCUGGGGACAACUUCCGGCGCACGCCGUCACGCACCCUUGUCUCCCCCACGAUGUUGAUGCUCAAGCAACUUUUCUCCCUCGUCGUCCUGGCCAGCGCGGCUGCCGGAUCCGUCUUGUCCCUGCCGAAACAGCUUCCCAUUGGCUCGAGCCCGAGCUCUGUUCUUCCUCCGGAUAGCUGGAGCUACGAGGAUUGUGGCAACGAAAGUGACCCGGUUUCAAUCACCUCUAUCUCUGUCUCCCCAGACCCGCCCAAGAUUGGGCAGGAUUUGACUGUGAGCGUGGCGUUCGAGGUGACGCAGCUGGUCGAGGAAGGCGCCUUCGCCGAUGUCCUUGUCAAAGUCGGUCGUAUUAAGCUCUUGAACCAGAGGUUCGACCUGUGCGAGGAAGGCCGCAAGGCGAACGCGUCUGUCUCCUGCCCCGUCGAGCCAGGCAACUACGUCAUCACGCAGACCGUUGAGCUCCCCAAAGAGACACCCAAACUCCGCUACGUGAUCAACGUCCAGGGCUGGACGAAGGCGGAGAAAGCGCUCGCUUGUGUCGACCUCGGGGUCUACUUCCGGCCGUUUUUCCAAGUGUGGGACUGAAUGGAUCAGUCGCGGUCCCGCAGUCACGCGAUGACUUGCUCUUCAUUCUGAGGCUCGGACCAUGCGUCAUCACACGACACGCGCAUACGUACUGUCCUCCUCUGCAUGUACUUUUACAUUGACGAACGUUAUGCUCUAUUUCAUCCGUGCAUGUGGAGUGCACAUGAAUUACUGUGCCGCGGCAUGGAGCGCUACUGUUUCGCCG